AUGUUCAGAGUUGCUCUCAAAGCGUCAACUUCUCUUCACAAUGCAGCUAGACAAUGCUUAAAAGCACAAGCUGGAGCUGUCUCUGCAGUUCGAUACAGCCACGGCAAGGAGGAGACAGAUGAGGAGUUUGACAACAGAUAUGUCAAGUACUUUGAUCGCCCUGAUAUUGAUCACUGGGAAAUCAGGAAGGCAAUGAAUGACAUUACAGCUGAAGAUCUCGUACCAGAGCCCAGAAUAAUUAUUGCAGCCCUUAAAGCAUGCCGUCGGUUGAAUGAUUAUUCCCUAGCUGUCAGGUACCUGGAAGCAGUUCAGUGGAAAUGUGGAUCAAAGAAAAGCAAAAUUUGGCCCUGGAUACUGCAGGAAAUCAAGCCAACACUCUCUGAGCUUGGUAUCUUGACACCUGAAGAGAUGGGAUAUGAUAAGCCUGAGCUGGCUCUCAAAAAUGUGUACCUAAUGUAA